AUGGAUGGCAUUGACGCCUCGUUAAAUGAAUGUAUAGGAUCCACGCAAGGUAGCCAGAAUUAUUUCCAGGAAUUUAAAUUUGGUCUCGAUGCUUACUUGUCAAGCGACCACGACAAAGCUUCGAAACAUUUCAAAAAGUGCAUUGAACUAGCUUCAGAUUUUGAAGGGCAACGCUUUCUUGAGUUUUUUGCAUAUUAUGGUUUAGGAUACUCGCAUACAUUAUCCAGUCAGUUUAGCAAAGCAUCUGAAUGCUUUAAUAAAUGCUUAGUGCUCUCACAAAACUUAUCAGUGAUAGAUGAUGGCGGUAGUAAGAAGUGCUUCAAGGCAUUUUCAUGCAUAGCAAAGGGUGAUCUUUACGUGCAUAUUGGUGACACAGGAUCGGCAUUGAAAUCUUAUCUAGAGGGGCUUGAAAUUUCGCGUGAUGCUAAGGACAAGGAGCGAGAACUUGUGGCUUAUUUUAAGCUUGCAGAGUUGAAAAAAAUUGAAUUAUCCCAUUCGUCAGCGUUUGAAUACUAUCAGAAGUGUGUAGAAACAAGGAUUCCUGACUUUAUUAAUAGAGAGCACGUUUUACUCAUGUAUUUAAAUGCAGAAAAAGGAAUGGGAGACCUGUAUAAAGUCUGUGGAAACUAUUCAGAAGCAAAAAUUCAAUAUACAAAGUGCUUAGACAUCACAGGAAAGUUAAAAGAAAACUUUCUUCAAAAAUUACGUAUUUCUGUUGCAUUAGCUGAGGUAUAUACGCACAUGGGCGAUUUGGAUGAAGCUAUGAAACUUUAUGAUACAUGCCUGAACCAUGACGAUAAGUAUCUUCAAUUUAGUGUUGAUGUAGGUAUCGGUCGCGUUCUUUUGAUGAAGAGGAAAUUUUACGAAGCUAAAAAGUAUUUUAAAAAGUCAUUUAAGUAUGCAUCAAGCUUACAUGAUAAAAAGCUUGAGGCCACCUCUUCCUUAGAACUGGGAAAUUUUUAUUUGGUUACUGGCAAACAUAAAAAGGCGAUUCAGAAUUACAAUCACUCUUUGGAGAUUGCUAAGCUUGUUAAAGAAUUUGAUUUGUAUGUCGUGAAAAUAAAAGCAUAUUUAGGGCUUGGAAACGCUUACAUAAUGCGCCUCAACGUUGACUGUCGUGAAAAGGAGGGAUAUCUUAAAGAGUGCUUGGAACUCUCAAAGAAAGCUGAAAAUAGAUAUUGUCAGUGUCAAGCGUUUCUUGGGAUGGGCGACGUUGAUUCUAUUGAAGGAAGGCUUGAUGAGGCCAUGGAAAAAUAUGAACAUGCGUUAGAGAUAGCUAAAAAGAUCCAAGAACGUCACUGCGAAUGUCGAGCCAGAAGAAGUAUUGGCAAUUUAUUGGCUCAGAAAAAAAACAAUGCUUCUGAAGAAUGUUUCAAUGAAGCAUUGCACAUCGCUGUUCAAAUCGGGAAUGCCAUAGAGAUAUGUCUUUGCCAUCUUGGUUUAGCAACACUGUAUAAAUAUUUAAACGAGUAUGAGAAAUCUUUACGGCACUACAAGAAGUACUUAAUGGCUUAUGAUGCAAGUGAGAGGGACACUGAGAAGCGUUCACAAAUAAUGCAACAACAUCAACAACAACAAAUUAAUGAUAUUAAAGCUGAUGAAAAUUUUUCAAAGGAUUACUUGAAAGGGAUACCAUUUGUGACUAUUCCAGGUGAUAAGUACGGAACAUUAAGUGGUUAUUGGGAACUAGCAGACUUAUUUGAUAAAUUAGGACAAAUUGAUGAUGCUACAAAUCUUUUUGAAAAGUACCUUAAUAUUGCUAAAAAAACGGAGGACGAUGAAAAGCAAAAGAACGCUCUAGACCGUUUGGUGCCAAUCUACAAGAGGCAGGGACAUAAUUUUUGGGUGAAAACGUGCCAAGAAAAAUUACAAGAUCUUGCCAGGAAAAGUCAGGAUAAAGAAUUGCUGUCACAACCAUGGAAAUGCAACGAUAGGUCAAUAAUGCAUCAGGAAAUGUUUAAAAUGAUGGAAGAAUAUGGACGGGAGCAUCCAGGAGAUGUUAAAGUAGUGAAUAAUGUACGUGUAAUUUGCUCGGAAAAGUUUUUAAUCGGUAAGGGAAGUGAUGGAACCCGUGUUUAUCUUGGACUUGGAAAAGAUGGUUAUGGAAAAGCAGUGAAACGAUUGUUUCGAGAUAACUGUACGGAGUUGGCCAAACGAGAAAAAGAUAUUUUGAAUGAGUUUAAUGCCAAGCGUUCAAAUUAUGUUGUGAAUUAUUGGUAUCUUGAAGAAGAACCAGGCACAGAGUAUUUGUAUUUGAUAUUAGAUUUAUGUGAAGAAUCGUUGGAGAAAUUUGUAGAAUCUUCUAAGUUAGAGGAUCUUCAAAAAGUUCUUCCUAAGGUUAUUAUGCAGAUCUUAAAAGGUUUAGCUGAUCUUCACAGCGGCCCGCGUCCUAUUCUUCAUCGGGAUUUGAGACCUUCAAACGUUCUUCGAGAUGUACGAGAAAAAUUUUUCAUAGCUGAUUUUGGUAUAAGUCAAAUAUUAUGCAAUGGAGCUUCGACACAUUGGAGCGCACGGAGAGGAGCUAAAAAUUGGAUAGCUCCAGAGUCACAUGAUUCAUCAGGUACAUCCAUUAAUCAAGCUCGGUACAAGAAAGAAUCUGAUGUUAUGAGUGCGGGAAUGGUGGCUUAUUAUGUUGCAACCAAAGGUGAACAUCCUUUUGGACCUGAACGGUUUUUACUAGACAACUUGUUGAAAGGAAACCCUGUUAGCUUGGACAAAAUCAAGGAUGCCACCCUCAAAGAUCUUCUUUCGUGGAUGUUAGAGCGACUACCAGAAGAUAGACCAUCAGCCAACGAAGCGUUAAAACAUCCUUAUCUUCUGUCGGAGGACGAGAAGUUUGAAAUGUUAUGUAAAGUUGGAAAUCAACAUCCAAUUAAGACAAGUGAUGCUAAUUCUAACGUUGUUAAACAAUUGAAUAGUGAACCCUCCGAUUGGCAAAGACGAAUGAAUAGUGAUGUUUACGACUAUUUUUGCACGGAUGAGGUGAAUAGAAGAAUUGUUAAGUAUGGAUCGUCAUGGACAAAAUGCUUAAGACUCAUUCGAAAUGUUGGUCAGCAUUGGUACGAUCGACCACGACCUAGAAAACAACUAUUUUAUAAGAUUGGUGAUCCAAAGGAGUAUUUUCUUCGAACUUUCCCCGAACUCCCCAUUCGGGUGCACGCUGCUGUCAGAACAAAUGACGAAUGGAAAAAUAAUCCUGAACUCAAGAACUGUUUUAUUUAUAAUUUAAGCAACACUGAACUAUUUGAUUUUUAAUACAAGCAAAGCACAUUAUCAUUCAUCACGUCGUUUGCAUUUGGCAGAAAGAUCGAUAACAAUCAAACAUGUUGUAUUUGGUUUAAGUGGUCUUGAAACAAAAGCCUAACACAAAGACUGGCUGCCGAUUUCUACAUAUAGAUAGAAUUAACAAAAAUACGAACUUCUUAAAGUACGAAAUUUUAAAAAUAAUGGUAAAACUGGAAUGGUUUUGCUUAAAAAUUCACUAUACCAAAAUUUUCAAUUAUUAUCAUUAUGUUAUCACGCAUAAAGGUACAUUUUCAAUGUAAUGUUUGUUGGAAAUAACUUGUGACAGAGAAUCAUUUGAAGAUGGUAUUCAUAUAAGAUAAAAAGAAACAUA